GAGAGGAUACAGUUCUAUUCAGCAGCGUAGGACAUCUGGCCACCAAGGAAUAGAUGACAGCCCAGUUCUUUUCUCCUGUAAAAGUAUGUCUUUUGGUUUCCCACUUAAGAGUUUACCAUGAAAUGCUGCUUUAAUCUACCUCUUCCAAAAGCUUCAUACUCUGACAAAUUCCAAUUUGGCUCCGAUGUAACACAACCCAUUUUCGGUUCAUUUCCUCCUCGUAGUCGUCCCCCAUCUGACCUAGAUUUCCCUUCUUGAGUCUUGGAUUUGUGUGGCAUUCCAUGACCUGUGGAGACUCAGAACCUUCCAUCGCUGAUACCUUUGAGGAUAUGUGUUACUACUGCUGCCGCCGCCGCCGCUGCUGAGCAUUGUCCUUUUUAGGCCAAGAUUCCCGACCAUCUUAGCGCUGGUCUGGUCUCCGUGGAAAAUAGCGAUCAACCAUGAAACCAGACCGCUAUCUGUAACAGAAGAGGAGUCAAGGGUGAGCGUGCGUUGUGCCUCGGAGUUGAGCGGGAUCAUCUCCCCUGACCAUUUCAAAUUCCUUUGGAACGUGAAGCGAGAGAGCCGGGCUGAGGAUGCACCUUGGGGUGUCACGGAAAUGCACCAUCUUAUAAUCCUGUGCUUAAAAGGAAUAAAAACCGGAAUCCUUGUGGGAGAAGAAGUGAAAGGAAAAAGGCCCACAAUGCCGUUGUGCAUUUCUCUAGAGAGCAAUUUCUUUUUCACAUUCAUUCUAACGUUAUUUAGUUCUUUAUUUUCCUCUGCAGAUUGAGAAGUACAUGAGCAUAGUCCCAUGCCAAACAGACUCAUUUGUGGAAUCGUAAAAAACCGACCCACCCAACUUGUUUUCUGUGUGUGAGAGUCACCCCCAAACGGCCAGUACUCCUGUAAAUACCAAUAGGACACGUCCUUGUUUGUUCUCUUCUUUGGACUUUGGCUCUUUUCCUAUUUAUUGUGCAAAUGAAGUCUGUUUUUUCAUUUCUUGGUAUGCUGCGUAACUAGCGUUUCUUCCUAAGGAACCGUUUCCUGCUUAUGGUAACCGUCAGCCUGUUCAGGAUGUUCACGCUUGGUCAAUGCUGCCAUCUUGGAGAGCUGUUUCGGAGCAAGCUACGUUGCUGAUUUUUUUCUGUGUUGGUCAGUUGCUUAUAUAAAGAGUCCAAAUAAAAGAACCUGUCGAUGUA